CGCUCCCACACGUAGCGUGCGCGAGUGUGUAGAAGAAUGGUCAUCACAGACUCACUACUGUAUCACUCCCACCAGCAUUAAAGGCUCUCAACUUCCCCCUUCUUCCUCUCUUCCCCUUCUCCACCCACUCUCACUCACACUCUUCUCUUCCGUUUCAAAACCACUCUCUCUCCAGAUCUCUCUCGCUUUCUCGCUCUAACUUUCUCUCAUGCACGCCGCUUGCGUUGCCUAGAUCUUCCACCGCAUUUCAUGGAUCCAGGAACCGAGCUUCCUGCAUUGUCUUCUCUCUCCUAGGGUUUUCUGAUUCCUUCUUCUGCUUCGCGCUUUUGAGCUAUGCGUUCUCUCUCUACCGGCUCGGUCUGCUGCCGUCUCCACCAUGACCGCCGGCGGCUGCUCUGCCGGAAUUUCGCCACCUGCCGGUCACUCCUCAAAGCCUCUUCUCUCUCCUGACGAUGCUCUUCGCUGGUGUCGUGUUCGGCGAGAGAGAAUGCCGGUGUCCGUCGUCUUCCUCCUCGCUCUUCUCAACUUGCUUUUCUCUUGCCAAGGUUCUUUGCAUGCAGUGAAGUCUAUUUCUCUGAGUGUGUCAUUUGCUUCAUCUGAACGGGCUAAAAUGUGGCUUGUGAAACCUUCUUCUGGACCAUCUUCUGCACCCGUGCCAUCUCCAUCUUAUCAUGGUCCUCAUGUGACUCCAAGACCAAGACAUCAUUAUCAUCACCGUCACCAUCACAGCAUGAGGCCUUAUGUAGCAGCUCCACCCCCUUCAAAAGAUCAAGCUUGUGACCAAACCUGUACUGAUCCGCUCACAUCAAGUCCCUUUGGUUCACCUUGUGGUUGUGUAUUUCCCAUGAAAAUCAGACUUACACUGGAUGUAGCUCCUUAUGCUGUUUUUCCGGUAAUGACUGAGUUAGAGAAUGAAAUUGCAUUAGGCACAUAUUUAGAGCAGAGUCAGGUGAAGAUAAUGGGUGCCACUGCUGACAGUCAAAAUCAGGGAAGAACUAUUGUUGAUAUUAACUUGGUUCCACUGGGAGAGAAAUUUGACAAUACAACUGCAGCUCUUACAUAUGAGAGGUUUUGGCACAAGAAAGUUCCUCUAAAUAGGAGCCUUUUUGGCGAUUAUGCUGUUGUGUACAUUAUUUAUCCAGGAAUGCCAUCAUCGCCACCAUAUGGAUCUUUAACUGGGAGCAGUCCUAGUCAAAGUGUUGAUGGUAUUCUGCCAGUCAGUGCCAACUUUGUCAGCAAGAACCAGAAAAUGAAUCUCAGGACCAUAAUCAUCAUUGCUUUAUCUUCCUUUGUACUCUUGCUGGUUUUGGUGGGAGCAUUUUCAAUUAUUUUGAAAUGGAGGAAGACUGGGAGACCCUCAAGUGCUGUUGGCCCUGCAUUCACAUCAUCUCUAAACAAGAGAUCAGGCUUGGGGUCUAUGUUGUCAAGUAGUAUUACAAGCUCGACAUCAAUUUCACUUAUGUCCACAAUGGCUACUUCCCUUCUCUCUGUUAAAACAUUUUCACUUUCUGAGCUUGAGAAAGCAACAGAUAAGUUUAGUUCAAAGAGAGUUCUAGGUGAAGGAGGAUUUGGACGUGUUUAUAGUGGGACAUUGGAAGAUGGGGCUGAAAUUGCAGUUAAGAUGCUAACAAGGGAUAAUCAUCAGAAUGGAGACCGUGAAUUUAUUGCAGAGGUUGAAAUGCUAAGCCGUCUGCAUCACCGUAACCUAGUGAAACUGAUUGGUAUAUGCAUUGAAGGGCGCAGGCGUUGCUUGGUGUAUGAGCUUGUUCGCAAUGGCAGUGUUGAGUCCCAUCUGCAUGGUGACGACAAGAUAAAGGGAAUGCUAGAUUGGGAAGCAAGGAUGAAGAUUGCCCUAGGAGCUGCAAGAGGACUGGCCUAUCUUCACGAGGAUUCCAAUCCCCGUGUUAUUCACCGUGACUUCAAAGCUAGCAAUGUGUUACUAGAAGAUGACUUUACUCCCAAAGUUUCUGAUUUUGGCUUGGCAAGAGAAGCAACUGAAGGAAGUAAUCAUAUUUCAACGCGGGUGAUGGGAACUUUUGGGUAUGUUGCCCCAGAAUAUGCGAUGACAGGCCAUUUACUCGUCAAAAGUGAUGUUUAUAGUUAUGGUGUUGUGCUGCUUGAACUUCUCACAGGCAGAAAGCCAGUGGAUAUGUCUCAACCUCAGGGACAGGAGAAUCUUGUAACUUGGGCGCGGCCAAUGUUGACGAGUAGAGAAGGUGUAGAACAGCUGGUGGAUCCAUCUUUGGCUGGAAGUUACAACUUUGAUGACAUGGCAAAGGUUGCUGCUAUCGCUUCAAUGUGUGUUCACUCAGAGGUUACACAGAGACCUUUUAUGGGUGAAGUUGUGCAGGCUCUCAAGUUAAUAUACAACGAUACAGAUGAGACUUGUGGAGAUUAUUGUAGUCAGAAGGAUUCCUCUGCUCAGGAAUCUGAUUUUAGAGGUGACCUUGCCCCUUCUGAUAGCAGUUGGUGGAAUGCGGGAGGGCUAACCCCUCGAAUAACUUACGGGCAAGCUUCUUCCUUCAUCACUAUGGAAUACAGUUCCGGUCCACUUGAAGAAAUGGAGAACAGACCCUUUUCAACUUCAAGCUUGAUUGGGGAUGAAAUAUCUUUACCGAUUAGGCAUGGGAAUAGAUCAGGGCCCUUAAGAACAGUCCGAAACAAGCUGUCCUUAUAUAGAUUUACAGGAAGUCGGAGUGAGCAUGGAGGACCUUCUUCCAAGCCCAAUUGGAACGAUGGUUACUGGGUUUAAGAGGUUUGGGCCUUUUUUUUUAGUGUUUUUGAAAUGUACAGUUUCUAAAGGGAUCAGAACUAAUGAUUGAGUGACUGAUUUAGCUUAGGCAUCUCAAAUUUCUGCAGUUUUCAUGUUAUGGUUGGAGAGAUACAGGACGUUGACAAAUUUUGAAAUAUUGAUUCAUUAUACAAGGAGGAAGUGUAACUUAAACAGUAUUGUAAAUGCCUUGAAUUGUAUCUCGUGGCGUCAUUCCCAUUUCCAUUUCCAUUUCUAUCAGCAAGGACUAGCCAAAAUGAACUUUAUGACAAUUACUCUACUGUCUA